AGACAAUGUCCCAAGCAAAGAAACCAAGAGUCUCUCGAAGUACCGCUUAUACGGACGAGGAAAGCCAGAGAUUAAUCACCUUGUACAUCGAAAACAGGGACAAGUAUCACGAAAAGUUUAAAUCGGGCAGUAAAAAUGGCGACAGCAUCCGUCAGAACUUGUUGACUGAGUGGAGCAAAGACAUUUCAAGCCUUGGAGUUGCAUUUCGCUCCAAGGAAAGUAUCGAGGAGAAAAUUAAGAAUGAAUCAAAGAAAGUUCAAAAGUUUCUUAGGGAAGAAAAGGAGAAAUACACUGGUACCGGUGGCGGAGUCUACAAUUUGCACAAGUUACCGGAGUAUCUUCGACCACUGGUGGACUGUUUAGCCGAAAAACACCAUGUAACUGGUGUGCCUGGCCUAGAUGGAGACUCAGACGACGAUUUCGAGUGUACAGCUGCAAAUUCAAGUGCAUCGGAAGGCUUAGAAAUGGACAUGAGCGGAAGAGAAGAUCUAACGGCCGAAGACCAACCUGACGCAUCUGGGGAAUGUACACAAUCAACUAUGACUAGCGAAUCAGCUCCAGCGCUCUCAAAAAGUAGGAGUGUCGCAGCUAAGGCUCGUGAAGCUUUAACCCUCUUCACUGAUAAGAGGUCGCUUCUCUAUGAGGAGGAGAUAAAGCUCGCGCGGCUGAAACAGCGAAAAGUGCAGGUAGAGAUACAGAUAGCUGAAUUGAAACUUGAAGAGGCCAAACUACAAUUGAAGUCUGCGAAUCAGGGGAUUGCGCCACAGAGCCCAAUUUCGUCAACUUAUCCACAAUAUUUCAACCUUUAGAACUGCCUUAACACGGUGACGGCCGCGCCUUUCAAGCGAAACUUUCAUAGAGCCUACCCAUGAAUCAUACAUAUGAAGAUUUUGUCGUCGCAACUACAAUAAACAAACAAACCACAACUGUCAUUGCAUAGGAGUUACUGCAAAAUCACCUUAGAACUUCUUGCUUAUGCCUGAAAAAUGGCCGAUCGUCAACGUGCU